AUGGGCAGCAAGCAGACGGUGUUCACACACGAGCAGUUGGAGGCCUACCAGGACUGCACCUUCUUCACGAGGAAGGAGAUCCUGAGGCUGUUCUACCGAUACCAGGACCUGGCCCCCCAGCUUGUGCCCCUGGACUACACCAGCUGCCCGGACGUGAAAGUGCCUUUUGAGCUCAUUAUCAGCAUGCCAGAGCUGAAGGACAAUCCAUUCCGCCAGAGGAUCGCCCAGGUCUUCUCAGAGGCCGGGGAUGGCCACAUGAGCCUGGACAACUUCCUGGACAUGUUCUCCGUCAUGAGCGAGAUGGCCCCACGCGACCUCAAGGCCCACUAUGCCUUUCGGAUCUACGACUUCAAUGAUGAUGGCUACAUCUGUGCCUGGGACCUGGAGCAGACGGUGGGCAGGCUCACCCGUGGGGAACUGAGCACCGAGGAGGUGAGCCUUGUAUGCGAGAAGGUGCUGGACGAGGCGGACAGUGACCACGACGGGCGGCUGUCUCUGGAGGACUUCCAGAACAUGAUCCUGCGGGCGCCCGACUUCCUCAGCACCUUCCAUAUCCGGAUCUGA